AUGAGAAGCAUAAUACCAGGCUUUUUUCUUCUUUUUGCACUAUUUUCUAAAUUUGCUCUGUCAGUCCAUUUCUACGUGAAUUCAGGUGAAACAAAGUGUUUCUAUGAAAACUUGUCUAAAGGGAAUCUAUUGAUUGCCGAUUUGGAUACCUCCAUCGAGAAAAAGGGAAUAUAUGAGGAAGAUUCAGAUGUUGUUGUUAUGGUAACUAUUGAUGAAACAUUUGAUAAUAAUCACCGCGUCCUGAGUCAGAAGAACGCAUACACCGGUGACUUUACUUUUACUGCAUUGGAUUCGGGUGAACAUAAAAUUUGUGUGAGUCCCUCAUAUCCACAGGAAUUAUCAGCGAAGAUAAGAGUAUUUAUUGAGCUAGAUAUUGGCCAUGUAAGCUCUUUAGAUAGUCAGAGGAAAGACGAUGUAAAAUCUACAGUGAAUAGAAUGAAACAACUGAAUCAAAGACUGUUAAAUAUCCGUCAAGAACAAAGAGAGAUUAGAGAAAAUGAAGCGAUAUUUAGAGAUCAAAGUGAAUCUGUCAAUAGCAAGAUAAUGUCAUGGUCGAUUUUACAAUUUCUAGCUUUAAUUGCUGUUUGCUGGUUCCAACUUCGUUACUUAAAGAACUUUUUUAUCAAACAAAAAGUUCUGUAA